GACGUCUUUCAGUGAUUUGUUGGACUGUUGGUGUUGGUUGCUAAUUUAAGUUUAAACUGGCUGGCGAUUUCUGCUUGAAAUUCACUACAAUGGAGUUGCAAUGCAAAGUGCAAAAUUAUGAAUGGGGCAAGUUAGGAUUGGAAAGUACAGUAGCAAAACUUUUGUCAAAUGCUAAUCCAAACAUUACAAUUGAUCCUGAGAAGCCUUAUGCAGAACUGUGGAUGGGUACACACUCAAAUGGACCAUCUCUCAUCAUAGAAAGAGACAUCCUUCUAUCAGAGUAUCUGAAGUACAAUCAUGACGCGGUAGGGCCUGAUGUGAAGAGGAAAUUUGGAGUUACGGUUCCUUUUCUUUUAAAAGUUUUAUCAGUUAAAAAAGCUUUGUCUAUACAAGCCCAUCCUACUAAGGAUCAUGCAGAGGUUUUACACAAGAGUUUUCCUGAUAUGUACAAAGAUCCUAAUCAUAAGCCAGAACUUGCUAUAGCUCUUACUCCAUUUGAAGCGCUAUGUGGCUUUAGACCUACUGCGCAAAUCAAGGACUUCCUGAAAAAUCUACCUGAACUUGCCCAAAUCUUACCACAAGAUAAUUUAAAUUCCUUUCUCAACAAUGAUUCUAUAGAUGACAGUGAAAAUCUUUUGAAAAUAGUCUUCCAAUCCCUCAUGACCUGUGAUAAAGAUGUAAUUGCUUCGAGUUUAAAAAACUUAUAUGCAAGAUUAGCAAAAGAAGGUGGUGAAACCCAGACUUCACUUCUCUAUUCACUCGUGCAAAGACUUUACAAAGACUAUCCAGGAGAUGUAGGCUGCUGGGCUCCGUACUUUAUGAACUACAUGAUACUAAGACCCGGUCAAGCUAUUUUCCUGAAACCCAACUUACCUCAUGCCUAUUUAAGUGGAGACUGCAUAGAAUGUAUGGCCUGUUCUGACAAUGUUGUCCGUGCGGGACUCACUCCAAAGCACAUAGAUGUGCCAACACUCGUGGAUAUGUUAGACUAUAAGAGUUAUACAACUGAGGAACUUCUGUUUGUACCACAACUGGAGGAUGAAAAUAGUUGUAUUUGGAGACCACCUGUGCCAGACUUUGCUGUUGUAAAAAUAAGGGUGGAAAGCGGUGACUCUUACAAUACUAAAGUCCGUCCUAGUCCGAGUGUUUUUAUCAUAAUUUCUGGAUCAGGUGAGGCUUGUGACACUGAGCCCGUACAAAUAAGACCUGGUGUUGUAUUGUUCUUGAAGGCGAGUCGGCAGUUAACACUAACACCAGCUGAAAACUCGCAUAUAGAAGCAUAUCAAGCUAUAUGUAACAUUUGAG